GAAAAAUAAGAAAAAGGCUGUUUUUGUUUCCAGUGAGCUGCUGCGAAAAUGGCGGUGUCUCGUCGCUCAUCGCAGCAACAACAGCUGGGUAACCUGCAAUCUCCGCCACGAAACAGUUCUCUUUCUGUAAGUCCUCCGGACUCUCUGCCAAUUGAUAUUGUGGCAGCGACGUCAGUGCCUCCGGAUGGUGAGCGUGGAUGCAGCGCAGGCAUGGAGAAUCCUUCGGGCUCUCCGGAUCUUCCAGCCCCGGCCCUCAGCACUGGGAGCAGCACAAGCCCGACCACAACAACCUCCGGCGGGGAGAGUAGUAUUGUCUCGAGCCCCGGAUCAGGAGGCACGAGCCCCGGCGACGGCAGUAGCGGGAUCGGUGGAGCUUUCAGGGAUCUAUUUGAGGCCUGUCGGAAUGGAGAUGUAUCCCGUGUGAAGAGACUUGUAGACUCGGUGAAUGUUAAUGCGAAGGACAUGGCCGGGCGAAAAUCUACCCCUCUACAUUUCGCUGCAGGUUUUGGACGAAAGGAUGUGGUUGAGCACCUUUUACAGACUGGAGCUAAUGUGCAUGCUAGAGACGACGGUGGUCUCAUUCCCCUUCACAACGCCUGCUCCUUUGGCCAUGCCGAGGUGGUCAGUCUCCUGCUGUGCCAAGGUGCAGACCCUAAUGCACGGGACAACUGGAACUACACACCUCUGCACGAGGCAGCCAUCAAAGGCAAGAUUGAUGUGUGCAUCGUGCUCCUCCAGCAUGGCGCCGAUCCCAACAUCCGUAAUACGGACGGCAAGUCUGCUCUGGAUCUGGCAGACCCCUCUGCCAAGGCUGUGCUCACUGGUGAGUACAAGAAGGAUGAACUCCUGGAAGCAGCAAGGAGUGGCAACGAGGAGAAACUGAUGGCACUACUGACCCCGUUAAAUGUCAACUGCCAUGCCAGUGAUGGCCGCAAGUCAACAUCCCAAAAAAUGCUGUCCACCCCACUGCACCUGGCGGCUGGUUACAACCGCGUACGCAUCGUCCAGCUACUGCUGCAGCACGGGGCAGACGUCCAUGCCAAGGACAAAGGUGGCCUGGUCCCUCUUCACAACGCCUGCUCCUAUGGACACUUUGAGGUCACAGAGCUUCUUCUCAAGCAUGGAGCAUGUGUGAAUGCCAUGGACCUGUGGCAGUUCACCCCUCUCCACGAGGCCGCAUCGAAGAACCGUGUGGAGGUGUGUUCUCUGCUGCUGAGCCACGGGGCCGACCCCAACCUGCUCAAUUGCCACAGCAAGAGUGCCGUGGACUUGGCCCCCACCCCUGAACUCAAAGAGCGGCUCACCUAUGAGUUUAAAGGUCAUUCGCUGCUCCAGGCUGCUCGGGAGGCAGACAUGGCCAAGGUGAAGAAGACUCUGGCUCUGGAGAUCAUUAGCUUCAAACACCCACAGACCAAUGAGACAGCCCUGCACUGUGCCGUUGCUUCCCCUCACCCCAAACGGAAGCAGGUGACCGAGCUGCUACUGCGUAAAGGUGCCAACGUCAAUGAGAAGAACAAAGACUUCAUGACGACUCUGCAUGUAGCGGCUGAGAGAGCACACAACGACAUCCUGGACGUGCUGCAGAAACAUGGAGCCAAGGUAAAUGCGGUGGACACCCUGGGGCAGACAGCCCUCCACAGGGCAGCCCUGGCGGGCCACAUCCAGACAUGCAAGCUACUGCUGAGCUACGGGGCCGACCCGGCCAUCGUCUCCCUGCAGGGCUUUACUGCCUCACAAAUGGGCAACGAGGCCGUGCAGCAGAUCCUCAAUGAAAAUAUUCCAACUCGUAACUCUGAUGUCGACUACCGGUUUCUGGAAGCCGCCAAGGCUGGAGAUUUGGACACUGUACAGCAACUCUGCACUCCUCAGAACGUGAACUGUCGGGACCUGGAGGGUCGUCACUCUACCCCUCUGCACUUUGCUGCAGGCUACAACCGUGUGGCUGUGGUGGAGUACCUGCUACAUCACGGAGCUGACGUACAUGCUAAAGACAAAGGUGGUCUGGUGCCCCUCCACAAUGCCUGCUCCUACGGUCACUAUGAGGUGGCUGAGCUGCUGGUGAGACACGGGGCAUCGGUGAACGUAGCUGACCUCUGGAAGUUCACCCCGCUCCACGAGGCUGCCGCCAAGGGCAAAUACGAGAUCUGCAAACUGCUGCUCAAGCAUGGAGCGGACCCCACCAAGAAGAACCGUGAUGGUAACAUGCCUCUGGACAUGGUGAAGGAUGGCGACACGGACAUCCAGGACCUGCUGAGAGGAGACGCUGCGCUGCUGGACGCUGCUAAGAAGGGCUGUCUGGCCCGCGUCCAGAAACUCUGCAGCCCAGAGAACAUCAACUGUAGAGACACACAGGGACGUAACUCCACCCCCCUGCACCUCGCAGCUGGCUACAACAACCUGGAGGUGGCGGAGUAUCUCCUGGAGCACGGGGCUGACGUCAAUGCGCAGGACAAAGGAGGCCUCAUCCCCCUGCACAACGCUGCCUCCUAUGGGCACGUGGACAUUGCUGCCCUUCUGAUAAAGUUCAACACAUGUGUGAACGCUACAGAUAAAUGGGCCUUCACCCCGCUCCACGAAGCAGCUCAGAAGGGCCGUACCCAGCUGUGUGCUCUGCUGCUGGCCCACGGAGCAGACCCCACCAUGAAGAACCAGGAGGGACAGACCGCAUUGGACCUGGCUACGGCUGAUGACAUCCGUGCCCUGCUGAUGGAUGCCAUGCCCCCGGAUGCCCUGCCCAGCUGCUUCAAGCCCCAGGCCACGGUGGUCAGUGCAGGCUCUGUCAUCUCCCCAGCCUCCACGCCCUCUUGCCUGUCUGCAGCCAGCAGCAUCGACAACCUGGCUGGGCCCCUCAACGAACUCGGGGCCGCAGGGACCUCCGGAGUGGCCGACGGGGCCGCAGGCUCCGACAGGAAGGAGGGGGAAUUGGCGAUGUUGGACAUGAACAUCGGUCAGUUCCUGAAGAGCUUGGGUCUGGAGCAUAUAAGGGAAAUCUUUGAGAGAGAACAGAUCUCUCUGGAUGUGCUGGCUGACAUGGGUCACGAGGAACUGAAGGAGAUUGGGAUCAACGCUUACGGCCACCGACACAAACUCAUCAAGGGAGUGGAGAGGCUGCUGGGGGGACAACAAGGUGCCAACCCUUACCUGACAUUCCACUGUGCCAACCAGGGCACGGUCCUCAUCGAUCUAGCCCCUGACGACAAAGAGGGCCAAUCAGUGGAGGAGGAGAUGCAAAGUAGCAUCAGAGAACACAGGGAUGGAGGGAACGCAGGAGGGGUGUUCAGCAGAUACAACGUCAUCAAGAUCCAGAAGGUGGUCAACAAGAAGCUGCGGGAGCGAUACACACACCGCCAGAAGGAGAUAUCGGACGAGAACCACAACCACCACAAUGAGCGCAUGCUCUUCCAUGGUUCUCCAGGUUCUCCGUUCAUAAAUGCCAUCAUCCACAAAGGUUUUGACGAGCGGCAUGCGUACAUCGGAGGAAUGUUUGGAGCAGGGAUCUACUUUGCUGAGAACUCCUCUAAGAGUAACCAGUAUGUUUAUGGCAUCGGGGGCGGCACCGGAUGCCCCACUCACAAAGACCGCUCCUGUUACCUGUGCCACAGGCAGAUGUUAUUCUGCCGUGUAACCCUGGGGAAGUCCUUCCUCCAGUUCAGUGCCAUGAAGAUGGCCCACGCCCCCCCUGGACAUCACUCUGUGAUUGGCCGGCCCAGCGUCAACGGCCUGGCCUACGCAGAGUAUGUCAUCUACAGAGGAGAGCAGGCCUACCCAGAGUAUCUCAUCACCUAUCAGAUCCUUAAGCCGGAGAGUACGGCCGCGUCUUCUGCAGGAGCGGAGCAGAAGUCUUAGUCCUGCACCACCAGACCAAUCUCACACAGUCCUCCUGACCCACAAGACUGAGGCUUUUUAGUGUUUUGUCUCUGUGCCUUUUUGUUUUAUUGUAAUGUCUAAACCUUUUUAAAAUGUUCUUCACAGCCUGAGUUCCAGUUCAAUUCUUCUUGUCCAGUAGAGUUAACAGUAGACUGCUCAGGCGACAUAUGAGGAAUACUGUAAAAUAUUAUCUGCUUGUGGUGAUAGUUUUUCGGUUUCCUUUGCAUUGGCUGCAUGCAUAGACAGACGCAUGUAUAGCCCAAUAGCGUGCGUGGGUUCCCCACUAGCUACCCCUGGAGAGGGUUGUAGAGAUUCACCCUCUCGUCUGCCCUAUAGUGUCAGAAUAUUAACAAUUCGCUACCAUUCUCACCUUAUCAUGCCUUGUGACUUGGAGAAUCCCCUCUCUUCAACCCUGUUGUUUUCAACCAGAGUAUGUAACCCCUGUAAUACUGGCCUGCCCCAGCCAUCCUUACAUGCAUAUGUACAUACUAUACAUGACCAAAGGUAUGUGGACACCUGCUCAUCGAACAUCCCAUUUUCCCCCUCCACCAAACUUUACAGUUGGCACUAUGCAUUCGGGCAGGUAGUGUUCUCCUGGCAUCUGCCGAA